AUCACCAUUAAUCCUACCGACACUCAUGAUCCUAUUGUUCAAGUAUUAGCAGGAGAAGAAAUCGAUCUUGAUACAUUCAACCAUACAGCGGGUCCUGAUUCUGCUCAACGAGCUCAGAUUGUUGCUGACAAUCCAUUCACCACUGCCAAAUUUUUUCAUUUUGUGAUUCAUGCCAUUUUGGAAGAGUUGUUUGGCAUCAAGAUCAAUACACAUGCUGGAGGACACCAAAUUAUAUGGCGUGAUGGUAUCUUUGGAGUGGUCGAUGGUUAUAUCAGUGCGGUUGAG